CUCCGGGCCGGGGGCGAGGCCGCCGCCUGGCCCGGGGAAGAGCCGGGGGCUGCGCCACGCGAGCAUCAAGCCUGGAGCCCCUGUGCCUCGGUGACACGGUUUGGGCAUCGCCAGAAGGAGCGGCUCCUCUGUGCCUUUGCGAUUUGCGUGACAAAAUUUGGAGAGGUUGCCCUCGUACCUGCUUUUGUAACGCUGCUGGCUUAGAGAGCUGUGGGGAUAGAGAUCUGACGGUUGUCUGGCCUUUCGUGUGGAUGGCUUCAGAGAACGUUUCAGGAGUAGGAGCUGCAUAUGAGUACCUGAGAUAAAAGGCACGAUAAAAAAGCAAAACAGGGAAGAUGUAAUAUUAUGGGUGAUGCAUGAAGUUAAAUUUCAGCGCUUUCAAUUCUCUUAGGAAUGAAGUGGAAGUCAACUGAAUUCUCUCGUGCUCUGCUGAGACGAAAUGACAUUCGUGUUUGUGGUGAAUGGAAGUCAUGGCAAUGUCUAACAUGGGAGGGAAAGACACGAAUGGACCAUGUGGCGUGACUCGUUCAGACUGCAGCUCUUCUGCCUGCUUAUGGCAGUGCUGGCUGUUGUGGUCCUGGUCCAUAAUUUUUUUCAGUUAGAGCACCUGGAUGAUGACACAGUUUCAGGAUCGAAUUGGAUAACAGAAAACGAUGUCCAGCAUUCUCUGUCACAGACAGCCAAAACUACCAGGAAGCCUUACUGUGGGUACAUGCAGCAGACCUUGUCCAAAAGGGAACAAGCGGAGCAGGAAUCGUUGCUUGCUGCAAUACAGUGGCCAAAGCCCCCUGAUGGCAAAAUCGCCUUUGCACAAAGCACUGAUCCCACACACAGUGACUUUGUGAUUGUGAAACCCAGCAGGUUCUUCAAGGUGGGGGAUCAGUUAGAGGUACUCGUUCGUAUGAAGGAUUUCCAAGGAAAACCCAAGCAGUAUGGUGGAGACUAUUUACAGGCACGAAUUCACUCUCCUGGGCUGAAAGCUGGAGCAGCAGGAAGGAUUGUAGAUUGCCAUAAUGGCCUUUACAAGGUCUUCUUUACCUUGCUUUGGCCAGGAGAGGUCAAAGUUUCUGUGUCACUUGUCCAUCCGAGUGAAGCAAUCCAAGUCCUCAUGCGCUUACGAGAGGAAAGGCCGGACAGAGUCUAUUUCAAAAGCUCAUUCAAGUCUGGGAGGUAUUCAGAAACUACAGAGUGCAAUGUUUGCUUGCCUGGAGGUCUCCCAGUCUGUAACUUCACAGAUCUCUACACGGGUGAGCCAUGGUUCUGUUACAAGCCUCGAAAACUGUCCUGUGCCAGCCGAAUCAGCCAUGCCAAAGGUGGAUAUCUGAAAGGUCUUCUGACACGAGAGGAAAGCCUCUUUUUCCAAAGUGACGUGAAUAUCAAAAGGCCGAUACCCUCCAGUGGACCUGAUUCAGUCAUUGUAAAGCCCAAGGCAUUUACAGAUUUAAGCAGUAUGGACAGAGCUGAAGAUCCCACAGCUUCCCCUUCUGGCUAUUAUUAUGAAGACCAGUGGAGGUCCAGAACACAUUGGAUCCAUAAUUUCAAUAAAUCAGAUGAUAUAACUGAGUGCUUACAAGGAAAAGUAAUCCACUUGUUUGGAGACUCUACAAUAAGGCAAUGGUUUGAAUAUUUGACAGCAUUUGUUCCAGAUCUAGUGGAAUUCAACCUGGGGAGCCCAAAGAACGUGGGCCCUUUUAUGUCUGUGGACCUGAAGCACAACAUCCUGCUGAAGUUCCGCUGCCACGGGCCGCCCAUCCGCUUCUCGACAGUGUUCAGCAGCGAGCUGCGCUACAUCGCCAACGAGCUCAACAGCAUCGUGGGCGGCAGGAACACCGUCAUAGCCAUAACCAUAUGGUCCCACUUCAGCACCUUCCCCGUGGAAGUGUACAUCCGGCGGCUCAGGAACAUCCGCAGAGCCGUUGUUCAGCUGCUGGACCGCAGCCCCAAGACUUCAAUUGUCAUCAGAACCGCUAAUGUUCAGGAGCUUGGGCCAGAAGUGAGCCUCUUCAACAGUGACUGGUAUUCCUUUCAGCUUGAUUCUGUCAUGAGGAGAAUGUUCUCAGGAAUUGCUGUGCACUUUGUGGAUGCUUGGGAGAUGUCUGUGGCUCAUUACUUGCCACAUAAUCUGCACCCUAAUGAAAUAAUUGUCAAGAAUCAAAUAGAUGCAUUUUUAUCUUAUGUGUGCCCUCUGCAAACUUAGCACAAAUGGGUAUCCCUAUGUCGUCUUUAGCUAUAGCCAAAGUACACUUGCUCUUUUGAGCUGUGGAAUGGGGCUGGAUGAUAUUGGAGGAGCUCUGGGUACUGUACUUGCAUGCAGGAUAAGUUGGGUGGCCUUAAGUCUGGGUAGCUGUGAAGGGUGGUAAAGAGGAGUUGACUCUUCAGGCCAUGUCUUCCUGUGAGGUUGAUUCCUUCAAGUUUAUCAUUCAUACCUGAGAUUAUUAGAGAGCACCUUAAAUUAAAUUGGCAGGAUUCAAUAAGAAACUGUUUGGGUUACUAGCUUUACUAGUUGUCUGCACUGUAUGCCUAAUUUAACCCACGUGACACUGAUUCUGUUGCCAGGGUCAUGUUUCUCAGAACAGUGUGUGAAACCUGUGAAGGAUUUUGGGAAUGGUCUUUCAGCAUUGCAGAGCUUAAGGGAUGUCUCCUCCAAUUGUGUGUCAGAGAAGCAGAGUGUCCUUGUUUGUGUCCUUGUUUCAAAGUCCUAAUUAGAAACAUGAAGGGAGUGUACCGAAGUCACAAAUAAGGAAGCACAAUCACAAUAUCUGUAGAAUUAAGUCAUGAAGAAUUUGCUGAAAUUUAAUCAAGCACACUAAUUAGGCACCUUUGUUGUUUACAGAUGGCUGCUAAAUAGUGCAAAUAGCCAGUAUUUUAGUUUGGUUUCCUGUACUACUGAAUUUCUUUUGAGCUUUGAUACACUGUCUACUUCUUGAUUUGUAGUGAGGAUAUGUGUGUUUUAUGACCUCAGUGAAAACACUGUCCCAGGCAGUUUCUGCAGGCUGGAGUUGCAGGCUGGCCUACUUGAAGCUUAAAGCAUUUGCCAGUGAAAGUGUUUCAUUUGCCAAUGUCAGUGUUUCCAUUCCCUGCGAGCUACAGCUGUUCCCUUAAGGUCCUGCGAAGCCCGGCUGCCCAGAGUGUCUCUGGUGCAUCCUUCAUACGCCGUGUCUGGAUGGGGAGCCCCAGUGACCCCAGGGCCCCUGGUGUGCUUUGGCAGUAGUGGUCAAGGCCAUGCAAUGGCUCCUUUUCAGGGUCUGGCAGUUCUGCCAUUUCUUCAUGAACUUCACUGCUGCCAGUACAAAAGGUGGAAUACCCUACCCCAAAAGCCAAGCGCUUCCAGGGUUGCUUUUAUUUAUCUGCUUGGCACAGACCCAGGUUUGCUGGUGGCUGGUGGCUCUCCAGCCUCCUGGCCUGGCAUUUCCUGCUGCUUAUUUGAUUGAGCCUGUCUACAGUUUUAACUAGAAGCACUUUGAAAACAGUUUUUUAUUAAACUCAACUCCCAAAUUAAACAGCAGAGAAGUGUUCUAUGCUUAGUUUUGGUCCCACUCAGGCCAGUUUCUUCACUGGCUUGUGUCAAAACCAAAUUGAAUCUUUGUGAGCAAACUGAGAAGAUUAAUAAGGCAAAUUGGCAGAUUGCACAGGGUGAAAUAAUCAAAAAGUCUUUAUGUUAGAGAAGUUUUACCCUUUGUGAGGUUUGCUGCUCUCCUAAGGAGGUUUGUGCUCUUAUUGCCAGGGCCCUAAGAGAGCCAAUGCUACCAGCUUCAGCAACAGUGUUUCUUAUUGUGCUCAUUUUAAAGGGCAACUGAGAAGUGGUUAAAAAGCAAAUAUAAAUUACUUUAGCAUGUAAAAGGCAUUGAUAUUAUCCGCCUAUAAAGUUAACAAUUCUAAAAUGUUUAAGCAUGUCUGGAGGAAUUGUGUACACUGAAAUAGCACCUAUUCUUAGCUUUUCAAAUCAACAGUUAAGAGAUCCAAUUUGCUGGUUCCUGCUGACAACUGCCUCACACAGCAUCUGCCCAUACAUUAGCAUUAGGUAACUAUUUCUUACUUCAAUAUGGUAAUGGUAAUUUAUCCUCUGCUAAAAAGAGGCCACACCAAUUCAGGUCUGGGAAAGCAAACUACCACAAUGGAAAAUUACCUUUCAUCUUUUCCAGGUGUGAUUUUUAAAAUAGGUAAAGACUUUCAUCCUGAAUAACAACUCUAUCCUAAUAAUGCUCAUGGAAAUAGGACUUUAGACUUACUUUGAAGGAAGCUACUUAAUUUGUGGACUGACCAUUAGGUUUAACUCAUAAAGCCAUACUGUGUGUGAAAAUGUUGUGGCUGCAUGUGUCUUCUCUGGGUGUUGUAGUACUUGCUACUGCUCCUCAACAGCAGCUUUAUAUCACUGUUAGCUACCAAGCACAGAGAGAGAAGACACUAUUCUUUUGGAUGCUUUGACAGUUGAGGGAAAGAGAACAGGGCUGUUAUUAGCAAAGGUGUCUAAUUGCCUUCUGGUAGACCCUCAUCCUUUAGAUUAAUUAGAUUAAUUUUUUAGUAACAGAUGAACUAACUUGUCAGUAAUGAACUUCAGGGAGAUUGCCAGUUGGUUUAGAAUGAGGAUGAAGACUGUAUUUCUUCGGGCUCUAAAAUAGACAGGGAAGAGAAAUGAAGAAACUGAGGAUUUACUCGUGUUUGGGGACACUGUGCUUUUAGAUGUCAUUCAGGUGAUCUCUGAAUGAUUUUUCAUUUCUAUUCUCAUCUUGUUACCAUCACACCAGUUGUGUAUGUAUGGGAUAUGCAAACACAGAAGCAAUAAAAUAUUUUUAAAUCAGUUUCUUUAAAGUUUAAAGUGGAUUUUAAUAGGGACUUAGGUUAAGAUGUUGGUUAUUUUUGAAGUUACUUGAUGUGAAACAGGACUGGAAAGGAAUUUUUUAGCAUCUGUUAAGUAUCUUCCUUGACACAUAAAAAAACUAAUUCACAAGGUUUUCCAAAACCCUGUUGUCCUUUUCUUUCAAUUUUCUUCCUUUGAAAGGAAGAAAUGGUGUUAUUUUUGAUAUUUUCAUUGUUGUGCUGAUCAUUUUGAUUAUUAAUCUUUCAAUAGAUACUUUUUCUUUUUAAAUUUCUUCAUUUUAAAUCCAGCUGUCUUAAAUUCCAGUGAAAGAAACUAUUUUUGUGUUUGUUAGAAGAUUUCAGAGUAAUUAAUUUAUAAAAUAAGUAAACUCCAUUUUAUAUUUAUUAGUGUUGCAUUGUAUUAUUUCGAGAGUCUUGUCUCAUGUAUAUCAGGCUGAUUUCUUUCUUCUAGAAAUUUAGUAAAAAUGUGAGUUGAAUUGUUGAUGAGGAGGGAGGACAAAAAGCAGAAGUUUCCCUUUUUUCAAGUUUUCAGUUGCUUCUAAUUUCAUCUGCAAUGCAGCACAACUUCAUGAGAUUUAAAUCACCAUUUUUCAUUGUUCUACUUGUUAGAGGUAAGCAAUUAAAAAUGGAAACUUUGCUUACCACAAGUGCUUGUGCAACUUUUUAGGUACUACACGUAACAAUUUCAUAUGUACAUGACAAAAACAAAGGUUUGAAAUUGCCUUCUAGAGGGGUGGGGUAUACUGGGGUUUUGCUUUGGUUUUGUUGCAGAAGUGUGAGUUAAAACAUUCUUCCAUUCAUGACAGUUUAAGUAACAGCAAAAAACUUCAAUCACACACAUGUUUUUCAUUUAUAAAGCACUUACUAAAGUCCAGAUCAUUUAAUAUAUAUUUGGACUGUUUGGAAGGCUCUUACUCUCUGUUGGGAGCAGUGAAAAUUCUGUAUGUUGGAGAAAGAACUUGUUUUUUUUCUAAUAUAUGUAUGCUAUUGUAAUGCUUAUAAUAUGCAGAAGGCUCUACUGUCUUAUUUCCUGAUGUGAUCAGAAAAACAAUUUAAAUAGCCAAAAAACUCAGAGAAUGAAAAGUUCCUAAUAAAGAGGGCAAGU